GGGAAUCCUUAUAAUUCCAAAAAACCAGUCAUGAUCACCCCAUUCUUCAAAGAUCUUUCUCGCGAUUAUGAAUCCUUGUUAGAGAAUGGCAAUUUCUCUGACGUUAUCAUUAGAGUCGGUGGUGAAUCGAAUGAUAUCAAAGAAUUUCGAGCGCAUUCUCUAGUUCUCAGGGCGAGGUCAUCGUACUUCAAAACCGCAUUAUCAGAUAAUUGGGUGAAAAAAGUUGAAAACACGAUAAUCUUUGAAAAACCUAACAUUCGUCCAAAGGAAUUCAAGGUGAUCAUAAAAUAUAUUUACAGCGGUGUAUUCCAACUUAACUCUCAAAAUUUAAUGUUCAUACUAAACAUUUUAGUUGCAGCCGAUGAAUUGUGCCUAUCAGAACUAUUUGAUUAUAUCAUCACAACAUGA